AGCCAUGAAGGGGCCACCAUGUCGAUGUCCCACUCCAGACCGUCCCGCCACAAAAGCCCGACUCAGUUGACCAAAAGCCAUGGCCACGAGCACAUCCAGAGCCAGAGUCUUCUGGAGGAUUCGGCCGCCCAUUUGGUCAACCUGUCCCAAGACCCGGACGUGUCCGACUUGUAUCCCUCGUCCUUCAUCUCGAAUGGUUCGACGGAAACCAAGGACGACGAAACGGACUGCGGCCUGCUGGACUCGAAGACGAGCGCCGUGUUGGAGCACUUGGGCAAUAAGAUUGUGAGAGUGCGCGACUUGAUUCGAACGGAGCAGAAGAUGAGAGACGACAAUGUGAACGAGUAUCUGAAGCUGGCGGCCAAUGCCGACAAGCAGCAGGUGCAGCGGAUCAAGGCCGUGUUUGAGAAGAAGAACCAGAAGAGCGCGCAGGGAAUAGCGCAGCUACAGAAGAAGCUGGACGUCUACCAGAAGCGGGUCCACGAUCUGGAAAAGGGCAUCCAGAGCCACCGGCCGCCCAGAGAAGUGCUGCGCGAUAUGGGCCAAGGAUUAAAAAAUGUGGGCGGCAACAUUCGGGAUGGAAUCACCGGAUUCAGCGGCUCAGUCAUGUCCAAACCGCGCGAAUUCGCCCAUCUGAUCAAGAACAAGUUUGGCAGCGCCGACAAUAUCAGCCAGCUAUCAACUGAAAAACUAGUCGAAGAAGGGUCGGGAGGUAACCAGACGACCGGAUCGGAAGGAAGCUGCGCAGACAAACACCAGCAUCAGCAGGCAAGCGGCAACGAUCCUGCUAGCCAGAAGAGCGCAGUGAAGCACGGAGGCAGCGCCACUCUGCCGAUGACGGCGUCGCAGAGCAGCAUGCAAGGCCGGGGGGCGCAGCGAAAGUUCCCCAGCGACGAUGGUUCCGAGUGUGAGAGCAGCGUGACUAGCGACAGCAUUGGAGGAUACGGCCACCCGCAGGAGACGAGCAUGCAAGACAACUUGGCGGAACUGGACAAGAAGCUGAAAUACUUCCAGGAACAGCUGAAUAGCUUCAGGGAGAGCUUGGAGAGCAUCAAGUCCUUCCAGGCGGACAUUCAGCUGAACAACCUCCAAAUCCAGGAGGAGCGAUUUCGCACGGAGCGUUUGGAGGAGCAGAUCAACGAUCUGACAGAGUUGCAUCAGAACGAGGUGGAGAACUUGAAGCAAGCAAUGGCCGACAUGGAGGAAAAGGUCCAAUAUCAAAGCGAGGAACGUUUGCGCGACAUUCACGAGAUGCUCGAACACUGCCAGACCAAAAUCCAGAAAAUGGAACACCAAGACCUCCAGCAGCAGCAAUACGUCAUGCUUGAGGGACUGGACAACUCAAACGCUCGCGCUCUGGUCGUCAAACUGAUCAAUGUGUUGCUGACUGUGCUGCAAGUGGUUCUUCUGCUGGUCGCAACCGGAGCUGGGAUCAUUAUGCCGUUUUUACGAACAAGCCCGAGUCGUACGGUGACCGUAACGGAAAUAACCGGGGGCAAAACGGGCCAACUUGGCGACGAGACGCCCCAAAAGUGGUCCUAUUUGUCCUUAUUUUCCAGAGGUAUCUCAAAAAGCUGAGUUCAUCAGAGUGCGCAUCAUCACAACCGUAGUCUGCGUCAUAGCCAUAGUGUUCACACUGAAACAGUGGCCGGAAGUGAGGGACAUAGGCGGCCAUGUGAUGAAGAGGCUGAAAGACACUUUGGAUCCUGUCCAAUAGCGCAUGCUGAGCAGCGCGAUUGGUACACUGGGUUGUGAGCACCAAACUUCUUCAAAUGGUUGGGAAUUCUACUCAUUUUCAAUGUCAUAUAAGUGAUUGUUGAGGUAGAAAUCUAUUGAGGACUUUAGUGACAAACUGGCAGCUAUUGGGACUUAUAUGUUCAUUCAUUUGUGAUGAAUGUUGCGCCUGAGGGCUGAAACAAUCACUUUUUUGCCUCUCUACCACUUUCAGCCCUUCGGCUCGUACGCGCUUUAAAACCUAGUUAAGUUAUUGUAUCGUUAUUCGCAUAUUUUCGUUUUACUGUUCGACUAUCACUGCUCAAUUUUUCGGAACUGAAACGUACCAGCCUACAAAAACGUGGCAAAUCUAGUUAGCAACCGCCUCUGCAGGCUGCCAGCGCAAACAUUUAACUACUUUUGAGGGACUUUGAAUGGAAAUUUUAUGGGACAAAUACUUGUUUUAGAGUAUUUCGCAUUGUUGUUGGAAAUUAGGAAUAUUAAUAUUGAUGCAAAUUAUAAGGAAUAUUCUGUAUUAUAUUAGGGAAAAGCACACAAUUCGAAUGUGGGACGGUCUAGCUUGGGGAUCGGUUAUGGGUUUGGCCAGCGUAGUGUAACUAAUACAAAAAAACAAUAAUUCGAUUUUUUUCGUAGUAGGUGGGCUUUUGACUGAUUUUCACAUAGUUUGUGAUUUUUUAACGAUAGAACUUAGCAUGUAGGCGCCAAAAAUGCAAAGAUAGCGGUAGAGAAACAUGUUCGUCCAUUUUUGUAGAGUUUGUAGGACCCGCAUUAAUUAUACAGAGCCAGUGCUGGGAAUUCUCCAUCAAUUUCCGUUGUAGCAGCUACAUGUUCCUGCGUUUAUCGAGCGAAUUAAAUCAAUCGGUGUUUGAGCGGCCAAAGUGCGCCUCUAAAAAGCGCAUUCAGCUCAACUCCUCAAUUAAAAUCGUUGUUCAUAUUUCGCCUAUUUAUUCUUUUAUCCAUAGAUAAUGUAUUCGCUUUAAUUAUUUUUUAUUGGAAAUUGUAUAGUUUUAAAGCGAUUGUUUUUGUAUGUAAACACAAAUUUUUGUCUAUUUAAAAUAAAGUUUUAUUUUUACUUUUG